AAAAGUUCCGAAGGCCCCAACGUUUCUAGUUCUCUCCAUCUACCCAAAGAGCUGGUUGUCUGAUGCUUCGCCAUGUGCCGAAGGAACUUCAUCAAACUCAGCUCAACCUCUCCACAAUCCCACAGAACCCACUGAACCAGUCAAGCUUUGAACAAAGCUAUAGAACCAUCUGCGCUAUUCUUCUCUCUCUGACCCGCUCGAGGUCUCUCUCAAAGGGCUUGCAACUCCAUGCCCACAUCAUCAAAUCUGGUCUGCAGCCCAUCCCUCUCAUAUCGCACCAUCUCAUCAACUUCUACUCAAAAUCCCAACGCCCUCUCCAUUCCCGCCAAGUCUUCCACGAAGCCCCCCACAAGUCAUCCACCACUUGGAGCUCGAUCAUCUCUUCGUUUGCCCAGAAUGAGCUUCCCCUGCUCGCCCUCGAGUUCUUUCGUCGAAUGCUUGAUGAUGGGGUUCGUCCCGACGAUCACAUAUAUCCGAGCGCGACCAAGUCGUGCGCGAUUCUCGCGAGAUGCGAUGUUGGGCAAUCGGUACAUUCCUUUGCUGUGAAAACUGGGUUUGAUUGUGAUGUUUUCGUGGGGAGUUCUAUGGUCGAUAUGUAUGCGAAAUGCGGGGAACUGGGAUAUGCGCGGAAGAUGUUCGACGAAAUGCCGGAGAGAAAUGUUGUUUCGUGGAGCGGGAUGAUAUAUGGGUAUGCUCAAAUGGGUGAAGAUGAGGAGGCUCUGAGUCUAUUUAAGCAAGCUUUAACUGAGGAAUUGGAUGUCAAUGAUUUUACCUUUUCGAGUGUGAUACGGGUAUGUGGCAAUUCAACAAUUCUUGAAUUGGGAAAGCAAAUGCAUGGGUUGUGCUUCAAAACGAGCUUCAAUUCAUCGAGCUUCGUGGGAAGUUCUCUGGUCUCUUUAUACUCCAAGUGCGGUGUCAUAGAAGGGGCCUAUAGGAUUUUUGAUGAAAUACCUGUUAGAAAUCUUGGCUUGUGGAAUGCAAUGCUGGUGGCGUGUGCUCAGCAUGCACACACAGAUAAUGUGUUUGCCUUGUUCAAGCAGAUGGAGAGAGCUGGGAUGAAUCCUAACUUCAUCACCUUUUUGUGUGUGCUCUAUGCUUGUAGCCAUGCUGGCUUAGUUAAAGAGGGGAGAUAUUACUUUGAGCUAAUGAAAGAAUGUGGGAUUGAGCCUGGGGCUCAGCAUUAUGCUUGUGUGGUUGAUUUGCUUGGCCGUGCUGGGAAGUUGCAAGAUGCAGUUUCCAUUAUUAAGGAUAUGUCCAUAGAGCCCACAGAAUCUGUUUGGGGAGCUUUAUUGACAGGGUGUCGAAUUCACGGGGACACUAAAUUGGCAGCAUUUGCAGCGGAUAGGAUCUUUGAGUUGGGUUCUGUGAGCCCGGGCAUGCACGUUAUGUUGUCCAAUGCUUAUGCAGCUGCUGGAAGGUGGGAGGAGGCAGCCAAAGCCAGGAAAAUGCUGAGGGACCAAGGGAUGAAGAAGGAAACUGGCUUGAGUUGGGUUGAGGAAGGAAAUAGAGUCCACACAUUUGCUUCGGGGGACAGAUCUCAUCCCAAAACCAAAGAGAUUUAUCAAAAAUUGGAGGAAAUAGGGGACGAAAUGGAGCGAGCUGGUUAUAUUGCUGAUACCAGUUUUGUGCUACAUGAAGUGGAUGGUGCAGAGAAGAACUUGGCAAUUAGGUAUCAUAGUGAAAGACUAGCGAUUGCAUUUGGGCUCAUUACCUUUCCCCUUGAAAGACCAAUUACGGUUAUGAAAAAUUUACGCGUGUGUGGUGAUUGUCAUACUGCCAUCAAGUUCAUGUCAAAGUGUUCGGCAAGAAUAAUUAUCUUGAGAGAUAACAAUCGGUUCCAUCGGUUUGAGGAUGGGAAAUGCUCAUGUGGUGACUAUUGGUGAUUCAGUUGCAAGGAAUUCAUUCACCUUGACAAAUAUUUUUUUUUAAUGGGUAAUUAAGAAAAGGAAAAAAAAGUUAUGUUUAGGGUGAUUCAAUUGUAAAAAAAUCCUUUAUUCAUAAAAAAAUUUUGUAUAACAAGCAAGUGGGUGGAGUAAAAGAACGAAGAACAUUGCCUUUGUA